AUUUCUUUGUGUUGAUGUUUGACUGUGUUGUUAUCAAACAUGUAGGCGGCCCAAUAAAAAUCGCGAUAAGCACGUGAUAAAAGAAACAAUGGCCCGACAAGGAUGUGUGUACGUAUCGUUUUGCUGGCACAGCAACGUAAGCAUCACUUGAAGGUGGACGUGAUAGAAUGGCAGCUACGAUACUGGUAACUGGUGGGGCUGGGUAUGUGGGCUCACACACAGUAAUUGAAUUACUAAACUCCGGGUAUGAGGUGGUGGUCGUUGACAAUCUAGUGAAUGCUUGCCAAGGAAAAGAUGGCCAACCUGAGGCCCUGAAACGUGUUGAGAAGAUCACAGGAAAGAAAGUUAAAUUCUACAAUGUUGACCUGUUAAAGUUAGAUGAACUGGACAAAGUCUUUUCUGCGCAUCCAAUUUCCCUCGUUAUGCACUUUGCAGCACUUAAGGCAGUUGGAGAGUCAGUGUCAUUACCUCUUGCUUACUAUAAAAACAAUGUCAGUGGUUCAAUCAUUCUCCUUGAGGUAAUGAAAUCUCAUGGUGUGAAGAAACUAGUUUAUUCAUCAUCUGCAACGGUUUAUGGAACUCCUCAGAGUUUGCCCUUAACAGAAGAUCAUCCCACUGGUCAAGGCUGCACCAAUCCAUAUGGAAAAAGUAAAUACUUCGUGGAAGAAAUACUCAAGGACUUAGUUAUAUCGGAUAAGGAAUGGUCAGUUGUCUCAUUGCGUUACUUUAACCCUGUUGGUGCCCACAAAUCAGGUCAUAUUGGAGAAGAUCCUAGUGGGAUACCCAACAACCUCAUGCCAUACAUAUCUCAAGUGGCUGUUGGUCGUCGACCUUCAUUGUCUGUAUAUGGUUCUGACUAUGAAACACCAGAUGGUACAGGUGUCCGUGAUUAUAUUCACAUAGAAGAUCUGGCUCUCGGACAUAUAGCAGCUGCAAAAUUGCUUUUAUCUUCAUUGUCAGGUCAAUUCAAGGUCUAUAACCUUGGAACGGGUCGUGGGAAUUCUGUUCUUGAGGUGAUUAAAGCAUUUGAAGAAGCGAGUGGUUGUAAAAUUCCAUAUACCAUCUGCCCCAGAAGACCAGGUGACAUAGCAGCAUCGUAUGCAGAUGCUUCGCUUGCUAACAAAGAGCUGGGUUGGACUGCUGCAAAAACUCUUCACGAUAUGUGUGCAGACACAUGGCGUUGGCAGUCACAGAAUCCACAUGGUUUUUCUUCGUCAGAACAUUAGUUAUGAUAAAGGAUCGUACCACCUUGAAGACUGUUCAUAAUUGCAACUGUGCAUAUUCAAAAAUAGUUGGAAGAAACCAUUACCAGUAGUUCCAGUAAUAUGUGCCCAAUAAUCUGUAAUUUCAAUGAAAGUAACAUAAUUUUUGUGUAUGACACUGUGACAUAUGCAAUGUUUUGCAUUCAUAAGGACCAUAGUCUUAUUUUUAUGAAUUCAUUAUAUCUGACUACUCCAAAUUUGGUCCGCCUUCACACGUUAGUGGUCAGUGUGGCUGCCUGGUACUGUCAGGAAUUUUUUCUCAGUUGGAGGACUGGAACGGAGUCCACUCAGCCUCAUGAUGCCAAUUGAAGAGCUACUUGUAUGAGAAGUAACAGCUCCAAGGCUUGCAGAGCCAACAAUAACUGGAAAAGCAGUGUGUUGACCUCACACCCCCAGAUUGGCCCAUCUGAGGUUAGAAUCACUGAGCUUUUCAUUCGUUCCAAAUUUGACAGGCGUAAAUUAUUACUUCUUGUGUUUAAUGAUCUUGGAUUUCAAAUCUUUUCUUAUCACAUUAUUGUAUCGAGUUACACUCCCCCCCCCCCCCCCCCUGCCCCUCCAAUGUGGGUGAAUUUAUGAAAUGGGAUGUGUGUGCAUUACAUUCAGUGCCGACAUAUUUUAAAAAAGUAUGCUUGCAUCCCAGAAGUUUUGUUCAGAUGACACCAGUAAUUAUUCAUAUUGUCCUACAGGAGUAAGACAUUAAAAUCUCUGUCAGUAUUAUUUUGAUCUAAAGUGACAAAGGACACACACACACACACACACACACACACACACACACACAGUGGUUAAUGUUCCAUAGAUUAGUAACAAAAGUGUAGGUUAUCUACUUGCAGCUCGAACAGUGAAACAAGCAGCUGCCCAAUUUGUAAUGUGUUAGUAAAGCAAACUGAAAUUGUAAAGUAUCAGUUUUAUGCAAGGUAUGUAACUUACGCAGCUGCUCAAUACAAUUUUUUCCAUAAAGUGAUCUGCAUACUAAAGAAAGACCAGUGGAACAUUUGUCUUCAUAGUGGAUCGCCUAACCGAAUACUUGGAUAGAAAGACAAUAUAGUAUUGUUUAUAGGACAUAAUUACAUGAUAAACCAUUGGAGGUACUCCAGAAGAUGUUUGGAGGUAUGCUGAAAUUUUGGAAUAAGGAUCAGCUGCAAAAAAUGUCCAUUAUUGUGAUUUUGAGAUUGAAGAAAAUAAUGUGUGCCAAACUUCAUAACUUUAUUUGCACGCAGAGAAUAAAGUUUGUUACAGUUAAAAGUAUUUUAUACAUAAUUAAUCUGAUUGUAUUACUACAAGCUUUGUACUCAGUUGCUGAUUUUCCAUUCACAUGCAUGUUUACUAUUUUGAAUAGUGUGCAGAGUUGAAUUCUUUUAAUCAGCUACACAUAAUAAGUAAAGGAAAAAAAAGUGAGACCUGUCUCUGUGAUCAACUUUCUGAAUAGAACAAGGUUCCGAAAUUGUAUAUAGCAGCCAUACUUCGGUCAAAUACCAGAUUUUCCCUCUUAUUUUUGUUUACUGUAAGAACAAGCUGACUUGAGAUUAUGUUAGCUGUCAUUGUAGAAGGUCAUAGUAAGAGUUGCAGACUUCAAAGUAGAAUUGCAUAGAUAAAAUAUAUACUCACCAAACGGCGACAGAUGAAAAAAUAUAUAAAGAUUAAGUGUGGUGCAGCCUCCAACAAUUGGUCUUUCUUCCUCAUCUCAUCUGGUAAGUUGCCUCUGACAUGGGGUUCUGGGCAACUUUUCUGAACUCUUCCCGUUUCCUAAACCUCGCCAGCCAGUCCUUUUUCUUCAUCCCUCUUCCUUCCUCUUCAACCCUACUGCCAGUAGCUGCUGGCUCCAAAAGCUUGCACAUUUGCUUAACCUUUAUAUAUGUUGCCUCCUCCUGCUGCUUGGUAAGUAGCUUCUUUAUCUAUUCAAUUUUAAUACAUUUUGAAAAAUUUAUUAUUUUCAUUGCUAGACUUUAAGUCGACAUUUUAUUAGAGAUCUUUCCCUUUUUCUUGCAUUUUUAUUAUCAUAGAUCAUCUUUUAGAUUAAAACACUUGCCAACAGACGAAAUGAAGAUAUGACACAUAAAGAGGAAAAAACAUAAGUUGUCUUAAAUGGUACGAGGUAGGAAAUAAGGCAGUGACAUAGUGCAUACUGCAAAUAAUUCGUCUCCAAAUAGAAUAAUAUUGCUUUGCUCAGUUAAAGAAAGAUCUUGGUGUUGAAUAGAAAAUUAACGUUUUGCUAGAAUUGUGUAAAUAGUCUGUUCUCUUAAUUAUUGGCUAUAAAAUCUGUGGGAGAAACGUCCAUUAUUUUUACAAAAACCCACCAAAUUGUAAUAAAGAUUAUAUUUCAUAACAUGUUACUAUUAGAUAAGUGCAGAAUUAAUUUACAAAAACUACGCUUAUUCUGUCAGAAUGUUAUUACUAUGUUUGCUUGGAAGAAUUUGGCACAAUGCAGAAAGAAACUAGUGCAUUCUAAUGUGUUUGCCAUUGAUACUCUUCAAAUGUGACUAAUUUCAAAUUAUGACAUAUGGACUCAUGAUUCACAAUUGUCUGAGAUUUCACAGCUGUGGAUGUAACUAAACAAAACAUUCAUAAGUCUAAUGACAUACACUGAAAGUCCUUUUCAAGCAUUCACUUUCAAAAAGUGCAUCUUAUUGUCUGUUCUUUAUAAUUAUCUUUAAUAGUUUUGUAAUGUGAAUGCCAUGCAAUCCUCACCUAAGUACAAAUCACAUAGAGUAUGGUAAGCAAUCUUUUACACUUAGUGUUCCAAACUGUGCUGCAGAUUUCUGUUUGUUGAAACAGAAUUCGAUCCUAGUCGCCCUUGCAUGGAAUUGUGUUAUGCAAAAUAAAGCUUUAAAUGUGUGAUGUAUAUUAAGUAUUUUGUUAUGUCAUCGGUUUGUGUGCCCUAACAGCGGCAACCAAAUCGAAAUAUGUUCCUGACUUGAAUAUGUACAGUUUUGUGAUUUGCAAUUUUAUUGAUCAAUGAAGUCGUUGCAGUGUACCGGUAGUACAAUAUUUGGUUGUUUAUAUUUGUGUAUAUUGACAUCUACCGACGUCUUAUGAACGGUGGAGAAUAUGAAACAUGUAUAAUUCCUAUUUUACAGCCAGUUGUAUAAAAAAACACUGUAACUGUUUUUAGACGGUGUGGUGCAGUAAAUAUUAUUUUGUGGGC